CUCGCUCUCUCUCUCUCUCUGUCUCUCUCUGUACCCUUGAAGAAAAAAAAAAAGAUUCUGAAUCUUUGAGGUUUAGGAAGGGAAACAUGGUGAGCCAUUUGAGGAUGGUGUUACUUGGUUUUCUUGUAUUGGUUGUGGGGAUUAGUAGUGGAGCCUAUGGAGCUAUCUCUAAUGGUAUAACUAAAAAGAUUGAAAGAAUAAAUAAGAGGGGUCCAUACUUAGGCAUUGUGGUGCCAAACUCAUUUGAAAGGGACCCUCUUUUGCAGUCUCCAAGCUUUGUAGCUGAUGAUCAUUUUCCCCACUUGGAUUUUUCAGGAAAACGGUUUCGAAUUGGAGAGCUGGGAAAUAAAAAGGUUAUUGUUGUUAUGACAGGAUUGAGCAUGCUUAAUGCAGGUAUAACCACACAAUUACUGUUAAGUCUAUUUAAGGUGGAAGGUGUUUUGCACUAUGGAAUUGCUGGAAAUGCAAAUCCUGAUCUCCAAAUUGGAGAUGUGACUAUCCCCCAAUAUUGGGCUCAUACAGGUCUUUGGAAUUGGCAGAGGUAUGGAGAUGGGCCCACUGAUGAAUUAGCAUUGGAAUCUAGUGGAGACUACACCAGAAAAAUUGGUUACCUUGAGUUUUCUGACUAUAACAAUGUAAGUAAAAAUGGGAAGCCUGUAGCAAAUUUUCUGAACAAUGUUUGGUAUCAACCAGAAGAGAUCUUUCCUGUUUAUGGAACACCUGAAGUUAGACAGCAUGCCUUUUGGGUUCCUGUUGACAAGCAUUACUUCACAGUUGCAGAGAAACUCGAGAACUUAAAGUUGGGGAGUUGUGUCAACACAAAUUGUCUACCAAGAACACCAAUUGCUGUGAGGGUCAAAAGGGGAGCAAGUGCUAAUGUUUUUGUUGACAAUAGUGCCUACAGAUCAUUCUUGAAUACAAAAUUUAAUGUGACUCCGAUUGACAUGGAAAGUGCUGCGGUUGCUUUGAUCUGUCUUCAACAGAAGACGCCUUUUAUUGCAAUUAGGUCUCUGUCUGAUUUAGCUGGUGGGGGGUCUGCAUUGUCCAAUGAAGCCGGUAUAUUUUCCUCAUUGGCAGCUCAAAAUGCAGUUGAUGCUGUAGUUAGAUUCAUUUCCCUGCUUUCAUAGUCAUAAAUGCAAUUAUAAUAUUUUUUUUCUCGUGCACGAAAAGGUAUUCUCUCUUUCAACAACUUGACACCCCAUCAAUAAUUGAUUACCACGUGUAAAUGUACUCGAAUUAAUUUGUAUGAACAUUGGAAUUCAUUUAAUCAUAUCUGCAGAAUGCUUGUGCAGUGA